AUGGAACCAGCCAAUAGCUCUCUAGCAUCUCCAACAACUUUCCUGCUGAUGGGCAUCCCAGGAUUAGAACACAUGCAUGUCUGGAUCGGGAUUCCAUUCUGCUCCAUGUACCUGGUGGCUGUGGUGGGGAACUUGACCAUCCUGGCUGUGGUGAGAGCAGAAAGAAGCCUCCACGAACCCAUGUUCCUCUUUCUGUGCAUGCUGUCACUCACUGACCUGGUCCUCUCCACAUCUACACUGCCACGCAUGCUCUGUCUCUUCUGGUUUGGAGCUCAUGAAAUAGCCUUUGAUGCUUGCCUGGCUCAAAUGUUCUUCAUCCACAGCUUUACUGCCAUGGAAUCAGGGUUCUUCUUGGCCAUGGCCAUUGACCGCUAUGUGGCCAUCUGUGACCCACUGCAUCAUGCCACGAUUCUCACCCACAGUCGCCUUGCCAAAAUGGGAGCUGCUGUGCUAUUGCGGGGAGUAGCCUUCUUUUCCCCACACCCCAUCCUACUCAAGCAGCUGCCCUACUGCAGAACUCACAUCAUUGCUCACACUUACUGUGAGUUCAUGGCUGUGGUGAAGCUGGCUUGUGAAGACACAAGAGCAACCAAGCGUUACAGCCUCAGUGUUGCCUCUGUCAUUGGUUCUAGUGACGGCUUUUUCAUUGCACUGUCUUAUGUUCUUAUCCUCCGUGCAAAGACACCGCAGACAGGAGUGUGUACACCUGUCCUGAGCCUGCAUGGGCAGACGGAGGGCGAGGGACGUUCGCAGGAAAGGGACUCCUCAGCUGAGGUCACCGAGGGAGCCGCGGGCCCCUCAGAGAGCAGUGACUCUUCGAAGGGAGAGCGGCCUCCAGGGACGCGGUCGGGCAGUGAGAGGAACGGGAGCCAGAGGCUGGACGGCAAGCUCCGGACCCGGCUGCAGACUCGGGCAGGGCCGGGCACACUCAGUGCCAGGCCGUCCCUGCCGGCCUCCUGCGCUCCACAGCCCAGGGCGUGGGCCUCGGCCCCUAACGUGGCCGAGCGUGGCCCCUGA